CGACUCUCUUGGAAGCCGGACGUGCGUGUCGAAAGAAACAUGGUGAACUCGGGUAUCAGCCGGCUUUUCGUUGGACGUGUGUCCAGCCUCGUCAAAAAUGCUAUCCGCGCACCUAAAUUUUACUCCACGGCAACGUCACCAGUGUCCUAUGAGUUGAUUAAAGUAGAAAAGACCGGCGAGAAGCAAAACGUUGGCAUCAUCACAUUAAACCGACCAAAAGCCUUGAACGCGUUGUGCGCUCAAUUGAUGAUCGAAGUGAACGAUGCAAUCGAAAAGUUUGAUAGCGAUGAAAGCGUCGGUGCUAUUGUUAUCACUGGCCAGGGUAAAGCUUUUGCAGCUGGUGCUGAUAUCAAGGAGAUGGCUGACAACACUUAUGCACAGAAUAUAAAGAAGAGCUUUCUCGAACAUUGGAAUGGCGUUGCUAAGGCUCGGAAACCUACCAUUGCUGCUGUUAAUGGAUAUGCUCUGGGUGGAGGUUGCGAAUUGGCAAUGAUGUGUGACAUCAUCUAUGCGGGUGAAAAAGCCAAGUUUGGCCAGCCGGAGAUUGCAAUCGGCACAAUUCCUGGUGCAGGUGGCACUCAACGUCUAACACGUGCCGUCGGCAAGAGCAAAGCUAUGGAAAUUGUGUUGACUGGUCAACAAUUCAGCGCUCAGGAUGCUGAAAAGAGUGGACUCGUCAGCAAAGUCCUACCCGAUGACCAACUCGUUAGUGAAGCUGUGAAGCUAGGUGAAAAGAUUGCUGCUCACUCGCAGGUCGCGGUUGCUAUGGCCAAGGACUCUGUCAACAAGGCUUACGAAACCACUUUGCAGCAGGGACUGGACUAUGAAAAGAGGCUAUUCUGGGGCACUUUUGCGCUCGCCGAUCAAAAGGAAGGUAUGAAGGCUUUCGUGGAGAAGCGCGCUCCUAAGUUUACCAACGAGUAGAUCCAAGGCCUGGGAUGUGAUAUCCAAUAUGCAUUUUGUAUUUUUUUUAUUCAUUUUUUUGUGAAAUAUUUGUUUCGCCUUUUGUAACAAUUUCUACAGACUCAGAAAAAUGCUAUUGCAUAAAAUACCCAUGUUCCAAAUUCUUUUUCAUUGCUAUUUUUCUAAAAUCUUGGAAUAAUCAUUCAAUCGCUAUUAUGUACAGAAAGUAACGUCUGCUGUAAAUAAUGCUUGAAAAUAAUUGAUAUUUUGAAAAGAUUUUGAAAAAGAAAGAAUUGAAAAUUAUAAAUAAAAAGCUAGAUGUUUUUUCCCGUAGAAUAGAUUG